GUAAAUAAAAUGAAAGAUUUUCUAGCCAAGACACAAGAGAGAUCUAAAAACAAUUCAUCCCACAAGAAGUAUGCCAGAACUAGUCGAAGGAAUAGCAAGGCAAAAGGCAAAAAGGUGGCCUCUGACCUUGAAAUCUUCUUCGGAGCUCCCAAGCUAGAACCUGAAAAGAAGCCUAAUAAACCAGAUCUGGAUCAGAAUGUCUCAAAUGACUCUUAUAACUCCAAUCUGGCUCAAAAGAAGAAGCUAAUAGAGCCAAAGCCCAAAAGAAGCGAUAUGGAGAAACUUCUUACACAAAUGGCACAGAAAACAAAAGUGUUUAACAAACUUUUCAAAAGUAGAGUCCCUUUCUUUCUCAGGAGCGAGGAACAUAAGUCCCCAGAAGAGCCACAGGAAGCCCCCAAUACCAGAAGUUCCCAAAGAAGUAGUAUAAAAGCAGGCAGAAGAAAAACCAAUAUGUCUUGACAACUUUCAGGGUUCAGGAAAAGUAUGGGACAUAAAAGUAUCACUGAGCUUGACAUCUUUACAAGCCCUAGAGGCUUUCAUGAAGGCGGCUUCAACAAACCCACUAAGAAAUAGCAAAAGGAACUCAGGAUUAUGCUCAGAGAAUAGUAUUUCAGAGUGAUCUUCGUACAAUGAAUCCUCUCCUACCAAAAGAGCUCAAAUAGGCCUUCCAAUAUUUGAAGAAAAAGAAUGCAAUUUCAAUACUAAUUUAACAAGAAUGAUGCAGAAUAAGAAUGAUUCUAUAUCAGAAAGCUCCAAGAACAUACAGGAAUUGAGCCAUCAAAAUUCUAUGACAAAAUGAAAUAAUAUCAUUAAUAUUAAAACCACAUUUGACCGAAUCAAAGGUGUUUACAUAAACACUGACAAGGAAUGAAAAAUUCAGAAGGCAAUGAACACAAUGGAUGCAAGGAUUGGUCAAAGCUCCAACUUUAAGUCUAAAUUUCCCAAACAAAAACACCCAAAACUAAAUAUUUCUAGCUCAGGACCAGUCAAACUGCCUCAGACACAACUCUCUCUAUCCCUAAAGAACUUGAGCCCUAAAAAUCCAAUACUAAUAUCCGUCCUCUUACAAGACACUCCUUCAAAUUUAAACCUCUCAAAAUAAGCUCAAAAAGAAAUACCAAAAAACUGCCAAAUAAAAUAGCCGAAAAUCCUAGAAUUCUCCAUCAGCAAAAUUUACUAAAGAUUUUGCACCAGAAGUCUUCAAAGAAAACUUUUGGGCAGAUUUCGAAGAUCUCUGCAGGGAGGAAUCCUUUUGUUCUGCCUCCUAAGAAAUUUAUGUCGUCCCAUUCUCGUACACAGUCUUUGAACCAGAAGACUACUUUGCCGACGUUGCCUUCAGUGUGGCCUGCUUCUGGCAAGCUAAAGCUUGCCAGAAGCAGGAAGGAACUGAAGAAGCGGAAGUUGCCAUUUGUUCAGAAACAAGUAGUCACAGAAAGUUGUGAAGAGCACGCGCUUAUAGCUGCUUUUGGGAGUUUUGACCGAGAUUUGGGUACUAAAGAAGGAGACCAGUGAGGACACAAGGUGAUUGGGAUGAAGAGCAAGAAGAGUUAUGUCAAAUUAGGCAAAAAGAAGGGGGUGACUUCAAGGAAACUUAAGUUGAAGGCAAGUAAAUAA